UUCCCAUUGAUUGGGCCCAGAUAACCACCAUUCUUACGUGUCACCAGCUGUACCCAAUCAUUAUCACCCUCUCAUUAUCACCUAUAACUCCCAAAUCAAUUAAAAAAAAAUUCAUUAUCCACUCAAUAUCUCUCUUACCAAAUAGACAAAACUUUUGUGUUGAAGGAGAGAGCUUGAUGGCGGCGGUGGUGGUGGAGGAGGAGGAGAGAGAGAGGUUGAUUGAGAGGGUGGCGGUGUUGGAUUUUGAUAAGUUGUGUUCAACGGUGGCGAUGAAGACUAACCAGGGGAAAUGGAAUAAGUUGGAAGAGGUUUAUGAUGAUGGUGGAGAAUUGGGUGGUGGUGUUUUUAGGAUGUGGGAAGGUGAUGUUCUCGAGUGUUUUGAUGAUCGUCGUUUGGUUCUUCAAUCAUCAUUUUGCCCUUGGUAUAGAUUUGGGGAGAACAUGAGACUCGCUGGUUUUGGUUCUUGUUUUCUUCAGGGAUCUGUAUACAUUAUUCUAGCUACGAUUGCUCUCUGCAACUUUGUAGCAUUUACCAUCACUAAGAAGCCCUGUUUCUUGUAUCUUGCGGUUGCUUUUGCGCUCACCCUUGGAGCGUAUUUGGGCAUUCACCGAUCCAAGAUGAGAAAGAAGUUCAAUAUUAAGGGCAGUGAUAGUUCUUUGGAUGACUGUAUAUCCCAUCUCAUGUGCCCUUGUUGCACCUUGGCUCAGGAGUCAAGGACAUUGGAAAUGAACAAUGUUCAUGACGGGACAUGGCAUGGUCGAGGCGACACAAUGUGUAUAGGAACGUAUGUUGAGGGCGUCAAGGCCUUUGAGCUAAUACCACCCCUAACCGUUUCAAUCGAGCCUUCAAAACCUUAAAUCGAGCUACUUGGGUCAAAAGCUGAAAAGUUGCACAACAAUUGUUGUUGUGGAUCAGGAAUUUCACUGUUUCCCGCCAACUGUUUCGCAAAAAAUGGCCAAAAAAUUUGUAAUAAGUUUGUAUAGUUUACAAGGUUAAAAGGGUUAAUUUAAUAUCGUAAUUGAUGUAGAAAAAAGGCGUUGCAAGUUUAUGGGAAUGUUAGCAACUAAA